AUGGAAACAAAAAGCGUUAUACGGGGCAAUGAGGUUGGUGUUGGUGAUUGUGGCAGUGGAGUUAAGUUUCGGAGUAACGUCCAUAUGGAGGAUGAUAUAGAAGACGUAGAUGAUGCAGGUAGCUGUGCACUUGACAUGGAUGUUAGGUAUUUAUCCCCCCUGGAAACAAUUCAUACGACUCACACUGUGGUUGGUAGCAACGAAAUAGCUGUAGUUGUUGAGGAGCCUAAGGAAGGGAUGGUUUUCCAGUCUUGGCAACAGGUUGAAGCCUACUAUAAGGACUAUGCUAAGCAGAUGGGGUUUGGAGUGACAAGGGCUCAAGGUGUAAAUUCUAAGACGGGGGACCCAAAAAAAAUCAAAGUCACGUGGAAGUGUGAGUGUUGGGGAAAACCCGACAUGAGGGCUAGGAGGGAAGCGAAGAAGAGGGCAAAGACAAUGAGUCAUGGAGGUUCAGGUGGUUUAGUUGAUGGGGUGGUAUGUAAGGAUGAAUUAAGUGGUAUGAAGAGGACUUCGAAAAAGUGCGAAUGUCAGGCCCGUGUUUAUGCUAAAGUUAAUGAAGAUGGCUUGUGGGAGUUGAAGAGCGUGGAAUUAAAGCAUAAUCACGCGAUUGAUCCGGAAAAUUCUAAGCUUGUUAAGGAGUACCGCAUGAGGCAAAUGACCUCCAAAGUGAAGAAGACACUGACAGAUUUGUACGAGCAAGGUGUACCAAUUUCUCAAAUACACGGUUUCAUGGCGACCAAACGAAAGGGUAACAUGGCUCUGACAGUAAAAGAUUUACAACAGGAGGUGUACAAGGCUAGGCGGUUGAAGAUGGUUGGAGGGGACUCGGUGGCAAUGAUGGAGUACUUUGACAAAAUUUACCAAGAGUUCGUCAACCCCCUCAAAGAGCUGGUAUAUGAGAGCUUUGACACCGAGGAGUUCCAAACCCGAUGGGCAGAGUUUAUUGCUGAGUAUAAGUUGGAGGACAAUGAAUGGCUACAAAGCCUACACAAAGAGAGUCAUAUGUGGGUGCCUGCGUACGUGAAGGAGUUUUUUUGGGCCGGUAUGAAGACCACACAAAGGGUGGAGAGCAUCAAUCGAUUUUUUUACGGCUAUGUGGACUGCAAAAUAAAACUCCAUGAGUUUCCUCAAAAGUAUUGCAUGGCCUUGGAUCAACGCGUUCGAGAUGAACUGAGUGCAGAUGCGCGUUGCUCGAAGUACCUUAAGAGGUUGGUUAGUGGAUUCAAAGUCGAAAAAAUAUUCCAAAAGUUAUACACGGACAACAAGUUUUAA